AUGCCCCAGGUGUCCAUUUAUCAUCCUCAUGAAGACGAGGUGAUUUGGGCAUGUGAACUAUACUCAACAAAGAUUCAAAUGGACAGCGGGUCCGGAGAAUCAGAAACUAGCUUCCAGCUUGAUCCGACUAUCGAAAGCUUACCGCCACCAUCAUCUGGAGAAACAGAUGAUCUAGUCGAAAGGAUUUGUCGAUUUAUGACCAAGCAGCAAACCAGCACGAAAAAAUUCCUCUUGUCUUAUUUAAAAUCAUCUAAUCAAUAUGUUGUCUCGCGGAAGAAACAGUGGGGAUCAGUGAAGAAAGGUUGGAAAACCACCGAGGAAAUCCUGGAUGCAAUUGAUGAGCUUGCAAAGGUUAUCGUAGCAGCACAGUCUCCACCUACUGGAAGUCUCUACAUCAACAUCAAUAAACUCGAUCAGCCUUUUUUUGACCACGCAAUGGAUGUUAAACGAGAUGACACUGUCAUUCAAAGCAUGAAUUUUAUCCACGAAUUGAUUAGUUUUAAACUAGGGAUUCAUAAGAAGACCAGUGAUGAAACGAGUGUGGAAAGUUUACAUAUCAAUUCAGAUUCCAACUUAGAAUCAGACUCCGACUUAGACUCGCAUGAGGACUGUCAAGCGGCGACGAACUCGGCUGCAACAAACGAUUAUCACAAAUCGAAGGACAAGGCAGAAAACACACAGACUAGAUUGAAAUCCGUUUUCUCAAAAUCGAUUGUGAAAAGCCUGUAA